GCAUACGCCCGAGGUAGUCGCAGCCUAAACGUUGCACCAGUGAGCGUUUUUGCAAUCUGGGCUGCGCCUAGCUAUUCUGGUUGCUGUCAGAAGCACAACAGCUUGCAGCGACGCGCGCCGACAGGCCGACGGCCAACAAAGCAAACUCGCCUUUGCCAUUAAAAUAAUUGCAAAACACGCGCGGCGCGCGGCAUCGCAUAAGUAGUUGCAGAAAAGGCGCCGCAGCAGGCAUGCCGACGCUCAUGAGCGGCGACGCGCCCAUGGGCGCGAGCCAGGCGAAGUACGCGCAGGUCGCCCAAGACGAAGGACAAAAACCCCUCGAGGUCGAGGCGCCGUCGGGACCCCUCGGGAGCGGCGCGCCGCCGGUCAUGCGCAAGCCGGCCUUCUGGGCGGCUGUUCUAGUGGUGGCGUUGGGGGCCUCCGUGAUGUUAAGUGGUCCGGCAGCCCCACCACCAACCAUCUCGGAAACGCCGGAGACAGACGUACCAGCUACGUCCUACUCGACACCUACUCUACGAGGUACGGAAGAUAGCACGUUAACGGCACUCAUCGCGGAGAACUCGCGGUUGCGCGCCGACCUCGCCAGCAAAGGCACAGGAGGCGCCUCGGACGAGGCCUUUUCUGCCUUGUUCGAGGAGAACGGGAGAUUGAGGGCGGAACUGGCCCAGAAACCAGCUUCGACAGGAGGUGAGUUUGACAUCGGAGCUUAUCGAGCCGAGCGCUUAGCAGCCACACCCCCGAACAUAAUAGAGUGCGCCGAGGCUACUGCAGGCGCGUCCCAGGAGGCCUGCCACCUGCCGAAAGAGCGGCGCUUCGAGGCCAUCCAGCAAAAGGGCAUCACGCUGUGGAUGACCGGGUUGAGUGGUUCCGGUAAGUCUACCAUAGCUAGAGCGUUGGAAGAAGCUCUAGUAUUGAAAUACGGCAAAGUCGUGCAACAGCUCGACGGCGACAACGUGCGCACGGGAUUGAACAGAGAUUUAGGCUUCACACCCGCAGAUAGAGAUGAAUCUGUGAGACGCGUCGGGGAACUCGCUUGUCUCUUCAACGGCGGCGGCGUCAUCACUUUAGUUACGUUGGUGUCACCGUACCGAGCGGCUCGGGACGCCGCGCGCCAAAGACACGAGGAGCAGCAUCUCAAGUUCCUCGAGGUCUUCAUGAACGUGCCCAUCGACGAGGUACGGCCCACGGCGUCUGUUGAUCUUCGUUCGCGUCGCGUCGAUGGCGUCUGGGGGAGAGCAGGCCGUUUUGGACCGCUUCUGUAUAUCGUCGCGGCGCGGCGGUCGCGGCGAUGGCGUCUUCACCACGCUCACGCGAGCGUGUCCGUCCGACGCAGGUCCAAAAACGCGACCCCAAGGGCCUCUACGCGAAGGUGGCUGCCGGUGAAAUUAAGUCCUUUACUGGUAUGAGCGCGGACGCGCCCUACGAGGCGCCUUUGCAUCCUGAGGUGGAUUUGCCCAAUAGGGAUCUGUCGGUGGACGAGUGCGUCCAGCGGUUGCUCGAUGUCCUUAGAAGAGAAGGCGUGCUCGAAGGUGGUAUGACGGAUCCUUCUGGUUUACCUUUGCCGCCGGGGUACGUGGAUGGCUGGCUCGAGGACUCCCUACACUUGUCGGGUAGUGCCGCGAUUACCGCUAAAAACCAAGCUUUGUCGUUACCGAAAGUGCGGCUGAAUGAUAUUGACGUGAACUGGCUCCAAGUACUGGGAGAGGGCUGGGCCGCUCCCUUAAAAGGUUUCAUGCGGGAGUCGGUGUUGCUCCAAUCAUUACAUUUCAAUUCAGUGCUGAUUGAUCCCUUCGGCAAUCAAGGCGACGCGCAUAUCAACGAGGAAGCGACGAACUGGGAGUCGACUUCUCAUGCCUCGACAAGAGCUUCUCUCGCGGUACCGAUCGUGCUACCCAUCACGUCCGGUACGCGCGACGCUAUACUGAACAGUAACCAGAGAACGGUAGCUCUAGUUGAUAAAGAUGGGAAAUUCCUAGGGCAAUUACACGACCCGGAGAUCUACAACAACCGCAAGGAGGAAAUAGUAUCGAGAUGCUUUGGAGCUAUCGACGCCGACCACCCUUAUAUAAAACAUAUCUAUUCGGGUGGUGAUUACCUGUUAGGAGGCGAGAUCGAGCUCUUUGAGAGAAUCACGUAUAAUGAUGGCCUAGACAAGUGGCGCAAGACGCCCAAGGAGCUUUAUGGUGAGUUCAAGGCCAAGGGAGCUGAUGUCGUCUUCGCGUUUCAGACCAGGAAUCCCACACAUGCCGGUCAUGCGUAUUUGAUGAGAACUGGACGAGAACGCUUGGUAGCCAAGGGCCAUUCCAAUCCAGUCCUGUGGCUCUCGCCGCUAGGCGGGUGGACCAAAAGUGAUGACGUCCCGCUCGACGUCCGCGUGAAACAACACCAAGCGAUCUUAGAUGAAGGGAUGCUCGACCCGUCCUGGACGGUCAUGGGCAUCUGGCCCGCUCCUAUGAUUUAUGCUGGACCUACGGAGGUCCAAUUCCACGCCGCUUCGCGCCGAGCGGGAGGGGCCUCCUUCUUCGUCGUGGGUCGGGACGCGGCGGGCAUCAAAGGUUCGAGUGUCGCCGUCACACAUACGGAUGAUGAUAUGUACGACGCCAAUCACGCUAGAUUUGUGUUACAAGCGUCUCCCUUACUUGAUGACGGCGUCAUGCAGCUUUUAUCCUUUGAUAAAUUUUUUUACGAUAAGUCAGAUCAUCAGAUGAAGGCCAUGGACCCGUCGCGCGAAGAUGAUUUCAUAUCUAUCUCCGGAAGUAAGAUGAGGGCGUUGGCGAGGCAAGGCGCGGUCCCUUGCACGGAUCCCAUCCCUUCUGAUCUACUCGCAGCGAACUGCGUCCCGCAGGGCUUCAUGGUGCCCACGGGCUGGGCGAUAGUGUGUGACUACUACCAGAAUGUUGACAGUGGCAAGUUCGUGCCUUGGAGCAAGCGCGUCGCGUACAACGAAGAUAGGGCUACGGACGCGGUGGAAGAAGGGAGAUUCGGUACUACUUCGUACUCCUUAUUCCCGUCGUAUCAAGGCCGUACGAUGGUCUCGCCCUGGCACGACAUUCCCCUGCGAAGCGGUUCUCAUUAUAAUUUCAUCACUGAAAUCCCGAUGUAUACCUCGGCGAAGAUGGAAGUGAGUAAAGAAAAGUACCGGAACCCCAUCAUGCAGGACACGAACAAGGACGGGUCUCCUAGAUAUUAUACCUACGGCGUGCCCUUCUUCAAUUAUGGGUUACUACCGCAGACCUGGGAGGAUCCGGCUCUCAAAUCGGCCGAAGGGUACGGUGGUGACAAUGAUCCUCUAGAUGUGAUCGAAGUCGGCGACGGGCCCCUGCCGAUGGGGUCGACGACUCCGGUCGUUGUUUUAGGUUCAUUGGAGCUCAUAGAUGAAGGCGAGACGGACCACAAGAUUAUUGCCUUGCGGGCGUCGGACCCGCGCGCGUCGUCCGUGAGGUCGUUGGAUGAUUUGGAACGGUCCUCGCCGGGAUUGACCGCUCGAUUGGUGGACUGGCUCAAGAUGUACAAGACGUCGGACGGCAAGGGCAUCAAUCAGUUGGCGAACAACGAGCGGCCGACGUCGGCGAGCGAGGCCGAGGCCAUCAUCGCCGAGUGCGAGCAGCGCUGGCGGGCGCUGCUCGCGGCGCCGAACGCGCGGCCCGAGUUCUGGCUGCCGCACUGACUAGGCGCCCCCUGAUAUCUCCUGUGUAACGUAUGAUAUCUU